UACUGUACAAAAUGUAAUAAUUUAACAGAAAUAAUACUAUUAAUACUUAUUUCCUUGAAUAGAUCCGCCUUGCUAAGUAUCUUGCCACAUGAAAUGUAAUUCAGGGUUGCUUCUUUGCCUUGGCCACAUCACAGACUCCCUUGGACUACUGUUGCCCUGGAAAAACUCAGCCUAUUUCACAGAUCUGAACUGUAAUGUCUUAACAUCUGUUAUCUAUUUUGGAGCUUACAAAAUACUGUGUAUGAAGGGUGCAGACUACUUACAUAUUUCAUUGAGCAGAUGCCAGAUGUAUUUUUCUUUAAAUGGAGUGGAUUUACAUUUUAUGCCAGCCGUUAACAAAAACGUACAUGCACAAACAUUUAGCUCCAUUCCUUGAAAAUGCAGUUAUACAAGAAGAAAGAGAACAAGGUCAUAUAGUAUGUACCUUCUUUCCCAUCUUCUUGAAAAUGUGGUGGAGAGAAAUUGCAUCCCAUUUUCGGGUUUUACUCUGAGAUACAAUUAAGGUAUAACACUUUCCUCCACUGAGUCUCACAGCUGAACCAAAACUGAGGGGAAUUUUUUGUGGUGGCAUUGAUCAAGGUAACCAGAGUCUCAUAAUCACCUUCUCAUAGGCAGAGUAAGUUGCUCCAAAGUUUGAGAGGUGUUUUUUUUCAGUUCUGAAAAUGAAAGGACUGGAGAAUUUUUCACUUGACAAAACAAAAAAAUGCAUAAAAAAUAAUUAAUGUAAGUGGUUCCCUUUACAUUUUAAAAAUUAACUAGAGUAUUUAAAAAAUAUUUCUUAAGCUUCUUUAUUUAGAUGUUAAUGCAUUUGUUUUAAGAUAUUAUAUAGAAUUCUUUCUUGGUUCUUCUACCAGUUACAUUAGCAUGCAGAAGAAUAUACAUCUUGAACUAAUGAACCCAGAGUAAUACUGCCUUCUCUUUCCAGAUAUACAGAAGCAUAUUCCAUGCUACCAGUUGUUCAGGUGGGCUGUUUUUCUCAUCUCUAGGGUUGCAGUUUCCUGCUGAUAGUAAUAGCUUAAUUAUCUUCUGGAUUGAACCGUCUCUGGGGCCUCCUUUUACUUGACUAGCUUUUAUAACUCUGCAGGAGAACUGAAUGAACCUGCCCUGAAGAAAAUACUCUCAGGCUGUAAAAAGAGUGUAAUAGGAUGGUACAAAUUCAGACGUAACACAGACCAGACCAUGACCUUCCGGGAAAGACUUCUUCAUAAGAAUUUACAGUCACACCUGUCGAACCAGGGACUUGUGUUCCUUUUAUUAACAUCUAGUGUGAUGACAGAAAGUUGUUCUACUUACAGACUGGAACAUGCCUUACAUCGGCCACAAGAAGGUCUCUUCCAGAAAGUUCCUUUGGUGGUUACCAACUUGGGUAUGGCAGAACAGCAAGGUUACAGAACAGUGUCUGGUUCCUGUGUAUCUUCUGGUUUUGUGAGAGCAGUACAACAACACAGGUCAGAAUUCUUCUAUGAAGAUGGAUCCUUACAGGAGGUUCAUAAGAUAAAUGAGAUGUAUGCCACCUUGCAGGAGGAACUGAAGAAAAUAUGCUCUACAGUAGAAGUCACGGAACGAUCUGUAGAGCAGCUCUUAGCAGAGGUGAGCCAAUUAAAAGAAGAAAUAAAGAGGAAAAAGCAACCAAGUUCUUCAGGAGAAGACAGGGAUUACCCAGGACAGCCAAAGGAGAAUAUUCUCCUUUGCCAGGCUCUGCAAACAUUCUUCCCCAAUUCUGGACUUCAGACAUGUAUUGUUUCCUUUGAAGGCCAACAGAUAUCCAAGAACUGCUGUCACACUGACCAUAAUAUUAAUGUCAUGGACAAACUGACUCUCAUGGUAGAGGAAAGAGACUUAACUGAAGCUGAAACAAGACACCUAACCAAGCGUAAAGUCAGAGGGACCACAACAGGAUCAAAGUCAUUCAAGAAAUCCAGAUCGCUGCAGCUUCACCAAAAAUCACUUCAAGACCAAGAGGACAGUGACCAGGAAAGGAAACUUACACUGAGUAGCACUGAAACAGAUGAGGAUGUGUUUGAAAAAAAUAGAGACACAAAUGAAUACCCACACUCUCCUACUUUCUGAUCUAUUAGUGAUUGGUCCAAAUGUCUUUGCACCAAAAGCUACUGUCAGCAUAUUCAAAUGACGUAUCGCUUUAUAGCACUGCAGGGAUGAAAUUUAACACGGUGUGUUUUUACAAAAUAUACAUGGUUGGUUUUGGUUUUUUUUCUCUCCAGUGCAUUAAUCCUGUUUGGCAGAGACAAGUCCAGAUAACAUUCCCUCAUUUUGCCUUCCAGAGUUAGAUCUGUAUUCUCUCAGGUUUUAAAGACUAUGCAGAGUAAUAGUACUUUAAGCUGCUGUUAAAGAAGCAGUACUACUCUUCCCUCAGCAGAAGCUGAGGCAAUGAGCAUCAAAUGAACCCAGGUAACAUGUUUAACAGAAUUAUAUGUCUACAUAAAUUGUCACAAUUUAAAUACUUUAUCCUUAGGUAUCCAGUACUUGUUUAUUUCCCCUGCCCCCCACACACCCCACCCUUCCAAUCCAGCAAGGGAAAAAACAGCCACCUGGACUUUGGCAAGACCUGUGAGCAGAGGACGUGGUCCAUACAGCUGCCAAGUUCUAUUACCGCUUUCCUCUUUCAUUCUCCCUUUCAAACAAUACAUUUUAGAGACUUGACAGUUCAUAGAAAAGCAACUGACAUUCACCCUUCCAUUACCGAUGCAUUAUUCUAACUAGCCACAUUUCCAGUAAACAAGUAUGUACACACGAGAAGUA